GAUUAAUAUAUACUUUUUUUUUAGCUACUAUAAACCUGAAUUUGUUUUCGGACAGCCCAAUAUAAUACUUUAUUUUACAGCAGAUAGUAUUUAUUAGUCACCUUUGAUAUUUUAUAAAAACAUUUCUUAUUCACUUAGUUUUACCUGGGUUCAUAAAUAAUGCAACCAUAGAUUUCCGUGAAUUAAUCUGGACUUUGUGGCAACAAUGAAAUAAAUAGCCAAUUAAACAAUACGAUCGGCGGCGCUCGAAAUAUUUUUACCUGAAAGAUUCAUUUUUGUCUAAUGUUAUAGUGAAAAUUUUAAGGAAGCAUAUGACUUUGUGUUGACAUUUGGGGUUUGAAUACAGCUUUUAUAAAAAAAGAUGAUCCGGUACGACGAAUCUUGGAUGGUAUCAUUGAAUGAGACUUAUCAACGAGGAGAGAAGCUGCGAUAACGGAAUUGAUAAUGGACCAGCCAGCUGUUCAGAAAUGGGUGUCAACAAUCUCUAGUGAUUAGGUUAGGUGAUGCUUAUUGUUUGGUGGACCUUGUGGCUGUACCCCGUCACAGCGAUGGCGCCCGACCUGGCCACGUGCAACAGGAAGUGGGUAAGGAUGACCGACCGCAAUUACCAAAGGGCCAUCAAGCACUACGCAGAUUGCGUCCUCCUCGGCCAAGCACUCGAUCCACCGACAAGGGAACUCUUCCAAUCCAACAUCGUCAUCAACCUCCAGAAGACCUGCGACUACUUCUUCCAAAGGACCUCCCUGCCUACUUCUGGUCUGAUCGGAGUCGUCAGAGAAGUGGCAAAGAUUCUCGAGGGCUUCGAGGAGACAGCGACAGUAUCUGGGAAAAUUCACAAUAACUUAUCAUGGUCGACGGCUAAGGGUCAAUGCAAUGUAAGCUUAUCACCUUUUGAUGAUCGUAAAUGUCCCAAACCAACUCGUCCUCCGUACAAAUGCAAGGAUAGUAGUCAAACCACUUCAUCAGAAUCAGACAAAGCAAGCUGUUCCCAAACUGCAAUGUAUUUUAUGCUCUUGCUCUUCUUGCUACUACUCCUCUUACAAAUAAUAUUCAUCAUAUGGUUCUGCUGUUGUAACAAUUGUAUAUGUCUGGAGAUGUGCAGGAGUGAAAGGUUUUGCGCCUGUGGCAGUGAAGACACCGUCGGCAGGGAUGAAUCUCCAGUUACAGAAGUCUAUCAUAUGACCGAGAUACAACAAGAUUUGGCAUCUUUGUCAUCCGAAAAUAUAGGAUCUGAUUCAGAGUUCGAGGCCCUGCUGAAGAUGACGAGGCUGCCCAAGGCGAAGAGGCAGUGGCACAGUAAGGAAGCCGAUUGAUGAGCCGCUAUUCUUGGCGGGGUUGCCCUGCUGUCUGCCCGCACCACUACCAUCAUCUGGCCCCUCUCCAGCCCACUCAGACUAUCGAUAAUGACGAAUAUAAUUUAUUUAAAAAAAUUAUAAUGUUGGAAGACGAUGAGAAUGGGGUGCCGAGGAAUGGACGAGAGUACCACGGCCUUCCAGAUCCCGAGGAAGGGAAUUUCCUGCAUCUCGUACAAGAGGUUUUGAACUAACCUAUACCGAUAUCGAUUGCGACAUCUGAAAGCAACUUCGUAACUAAAACUUGAAUAUACAUACUAUAAUAAAAGAGGCAUACAUUUUA